AGAUGUCGCCCGGAAUCCUGAUACGGCCGCCAUUUUCUUAGAAUUGUUUACAAAAUAAAAACAUCCAAAUAUUCCGAAAUUAUUACGGGAAAUUUAGAUCAUCCGACAUAAUUUAAACGGAAAAAUUCUAAAAUAGUAUUAAACAUGUCCAUCGGUGUCCCAAUUAAGGUCCUGCACGAGGCGGAAGGCCAUAUCGUAACCUGCGAAACAAUAACCGGCGAAAUCUACCGGGGGAAGCUAAUCGAAGCCGAGGACAACAUGAACUGCCAAAUGACACAGAUCACGGUCACCUACAGGGACGGCAGGGUGACGCAGCUCGAGAACGUCUACAUCCGGGGCUCCAAAAUCCGCUUUCUCAUACUGCCCGACAUGCUGAAGAACGCGCCAAUGUUCAAGAAGCAAACGAAGAGCGGUACUGCUGGCCGAGGGAAGUCGGCGAUACUUAGAGCGCAAGCUGCACGAGGUCGAGGCCGCGGUGUCGCGCCACCGGUCCGCGGACGUGCCACUUGGCAAGGGGGGCCACCGAACCCUGGGUCGUUGCCCGGACGAGGACGAUAAUUAUUUAUAUUUACUUUUAAGCAAACUUUAAUUACAAUUUAAAGCCUGAAUGAAUUGCGACAAUGCCAGACGAUAAGUUUUCAUAAAUGACCUCUCGAAA